ACGUAAACCGGAAAAAGAACUGAAAUAAACAGAGCAGCAUGGAGGCUCCCUGUGAGCCCUCACGCUGGCACAUUUUUCAAGGAUAAACUUAGCUAAUUUACUAUUAGAAUUCAUUGCGAUUACAUCCGUUAGUUUUGGUGGAUUUUUAGAAACGAAAACCAUAAAAUCGCUUGCUAAUUUUAGUAACAAAAUUAGCCAAAAUGAAAGCAGUCCACAGAGGGAAGGUCAGGUCUUUGCUACACCAUUUGAGCCGCAGACUGACAACCGAGCAGUCUGUUCCCGCUGAGUCCUCACCGGGCAGCCAGACCCCUGAGAUCCAGCAGUGGAGACCAAGAAAGGACCCCAGCGGUUGCGCCGUGCUCCUGUUCCCCGGGCAGGGCAGCCAGUUUGUGGGCAUGGUAGGAGGACUGUUGCAGUACCCCAACGUCAGAGACAUGUUCUCUGUCGCCCAGAGAAUCCUCGGCUACGACCUUCUGUCUCUGUGUCUGAACGGGCCCGAGAAGGAGCUGCAGAAGACGGUCCACUGUCAGCCGGCGGUGUUUGUGUCUUCUCUGGCUGCGGUGGAGCGGCUGAACCACGAAAACCCAAAGGCUGUAGAAACCUGUGUCGCUGCUGCAGGUUUUAGCGUUGGAGAGUUUGCUGCGCUGGUCUUUUCUGGAGCCAUGGACUUUGCAGAAGCUCUGUAUGUGGUAAAGGUGCGCGCUGAAGCCAUGCAAAGAGCGUCCGAGCUGGUUCCGAGCGGGAUGCUGUCGGUCAUCGGUCGACCUCAAGCUCAGUAUAAACAGGCCUGCUUGCAGGCUAAAGAGCACUGCAGGAGUUUGGGGAUCCAGGAGCCUGUUUGUUCGGUUGCAAACUAUCUGUUUCCUGACGGCAGGGUCAUUGCAGGACAUCAGCAGGCGCUGGAUUUCCUUCAGCAGAAGUCCCGAAGUCUGCACUUCAUAAGAACAAAACUUCUCCCUGUCAGCGGGGCUUUUCACACGGAUCUGAUGGCGUCAGCAUCUGAACCUCUGAGGGACGCUCUCAGGGAUGUGGAGGUGCGACGCCCUGAGAUCAGAGUCUACUCCAACGUGGACGGCAAACGCUACAUGAGCGAGAGCCACAUCCGCCGGCAGCUGGCGAAGCAGGUGGUGUCGCCCGUCAAAUGGGAGCAAACUCUGCACGAGAUCUACGAGAGGACGCAGGGGGAGAGUUUUCCACACACCUACGAGGUGGGACCCGGAAAGCAGCUCGGGGCCACGCUGCAGAAAUGCAACAGGAAGGCAUUCCAGACUUACGCUCACGUGGAUGUCGGCACGUACGAGGAAUAAUGACUUAUUUCAGGCAUAUGGACAGAUUACUGACUCAGCACAUUGGAUCUGUGCAAAUCCAUCUUUGCUUUUGAAUUACCGGUAAAUCCUUUUUUAUGAAUGAAACAGCCAGGUGUACGGUAUUCAUUGUAAAGUUUAUUUGCAUCACAUGAAAAAGCAUUUUCAAAUCUAUUAGAAAGACCAGCUCCCUUCUUUUUGUUUGACCUCUUAAACCAGUAAGAAAGAACUGAAGUCUGCAGACCAGCAACAGUUCAGUCCUCAUAAACAUGAUUUUCUACAAACAAUACAGCCCCGAACUGUCCUAUCAUUGCUACAAUAUGCUGGCAAACCUCUUAGUGAAGGCUAAAAUCACCUUUUAACCAAUCCAGUUGCUUAAAUUUAAAAUUUUCCCCCUUUUUUUUAGUUUCCAGAUGAUUUGAAAUAGAUUUUUAGCAAUUUUAACUUAAUAGUAAAAGU